AUGAAUACGGAAUGUGAGCAUUCAAAUAUAGAUGAUCCAGGGACUUGGAAAAUAAUUGACCAGAAUUUACGAGAUUUUUUAGUCGAAAGAGGUCCUGUGAGAAGAAAUUGUGAGUUCAACUUCCCUAAGGAUGAUUCUUCUGGGCAUAGGCAUUCCUCACUUGUUCAUUACAUUCGACAUUUACCAAAUGGAGAAAAAUUUGAUAGGACAUGGCUGAUAUACUCGAAACUUUUGUAUAGAGUAUUUUGCUUUUGUUGUAAGUUGUUUAAGCAAGAGGGAAAUAAGACUGAAUUGGCUACUGAAGGAUUUAAAGACUGGAGAAAUAUUGGUGAGAGACUUAAAGUCUAUGAAAGUGUUGUGAAAACACUUGCCAAGAAUAAUUUGCCUUUUCGUGGAAGCCAUGAGAAGAUUUAUGAAGAGAGCAAUGGACUUUUUUUAAGCAUAAUUGAAAUGAUUGGCGAGUUUGAUCCAACGAUGGAACAACACUUGCGGCAGAUAGAAAAGGGUGAGAUUCAUUACCAUUAUCUGUGUCACAAAAUUCAAAUGAGAUUCGAUUGCAAAAGUGAAGCUAAAUCCCUGGUAACUCGCGAACUUGAGACUUUUGAGUUCUUGUUUAGUAUUGUAAUUUGGUACAAUUUGUUGUUUCAUAUGAACUCUAUUAGCAAGCUUCUUCAAAGUGAAGAUAUGGAUAUAGCAGUUGCUGUAAAGCAGCUAGAUGGGCUUGUUAAGUAUGUUGCAAUGUAUAGAGAAGUUGGUAUCACGGAGGCUGUGGUUGAAGCUAAAGAAAUGGUAAGUGAAUUAGGAAUUGAACCUACAUUUGUUGAAAAGCGCAUCAUUUCUAGAAAUAAACAAUUUGAUGAGAAUGUUAGCGGAGAGGUGACCCAGUAG